CCCACAUAAUUCGUAACCCCACAACGAGACUUUUUAUGAGCCAUACAUAACAGAUGAUCACCUUUAUGGAAUAUAUUUUAGUGUUCAAAGUUUAACAAUUCUGAAAGUGGAGAAAUGCCAUAAGUUGAAGUAUGUAUUUACUUCAUCCAUGGUUAAAAGCUUUGUGCAACUGAAAACACUUAAGGUUUUAUUUUGUGAUGAAAUGAAAUGGGUAAUAGAGGGAAUAUUAGAAGCAACCGAAGAAGAAAGGAUUAACGGCAACACAAGUGUGUUCCCUAAACUUGACUAUUUGGAACUCAGUUAUCUUCCAAAACUGAAAGGAUUUUGCUGUGGAAUUAAUCCGAUUGAGUUUCCCUCGCUAAGGAAUUUGCUCAUAAUUAGAUGUUCUGAUUUGAACGCAUUCGUUUUAUAUAAUGGAAAGAGCAGAGCAGAGGUACCACAUAUCUUCCAUGAAAAGGCAUCCUAUGUUCCUGUUGUUAACGAAACAAUGGGGAAUUGUGCACUGUACGUUUCCAAAUCUACAUCAACUCUAUUUGGGAUGGAAUGCUGGAAUGAAAGACAUCAUAUGUCAUUGUGAAGGCCACCACCAACAUCAACUUUUGUCUCAUUACUUUGGCAACCUAAAAGUCAUCACACUUGAGGGGUAUGAGCAGCAAUUAUUGCCAUCUUACUUGUACCGGUUAUUAGCCUUACCCAAUCUUCAAAAACUCGAAAUAUGGAGUUCUUAUUUUAAAGAGAUGAUUUUCCAAAGUGAAGAAGAUGGUGAGGAAAAGCCUGCAUCGCUGCUGCUCUCUCAGAUAACUGAAUUAAGGCUGAUUUUUCUGAGUGAAUUGAUGCAUCUAUGGAAGGAAAAGGAAGGAUUCCCAAAUCUAAGGAUUUUGCAUGUUGAGUGUUGUCGUAAAUUAAAAGGUAAUCUAGUUCCAUCCUCGGUAUCUUUCCGAAAUCUGGUGACUUUGAGAGUAUAUGGAUGUGAUGGAAUCAUAAAAUUAAUUACACAUCCCACAGCCAAAAGUCUAGUGCAACUCAAACAAAUGAGUAUAUCAUUUUGCAAAAAUAUAGAAGAGAUAAUACAAGGUGGGGACGAUGAUGAUGAUGAAAUCAGUUUCUCCCAACUCAACCGUUUGGAACUUGAUCAUCUACCAAAGCUAGAAAGCUUCUUCUCAUCAGGGAAUUAUACCUUUUCAUUUCCAUCCUUGGAAGAUCUAGUUGUAAAUAAUUGCCAGAAGAUGAAGAUGUUCUCUCAAGGACUCUCAAACACUCCAAAGUUGCACAAAGUACUACUACUAGAGAGGCGGGGAUUUCACGAGCAUUGGGAAGGCAGCCUUAACAACACCAUACAGCAGCUAUUCAGACAAAAGCAUGCCAUGAUCGAGGAAGGUGAAAAUCCUGAAGAAGACCAAAGCAGUCCUUCCACUUCUAACACCCAAAACCUCACAGAGGAAGUGGAAAAUUCCAUAAAAGAUCAAGGCAAUUCUUCAACUUCUAUCUUCGAAUGACCUGAAUCAAUGUAUGGUAGCAGAAAACCAGUUGAUACGAAUGCUGCUCUUUCUAUGUUUCUAUGACUUGAUUGAAGUUUGAUGGGUUGCGAAGAAUGAAUCAGUGUUUGAAGGUUAAAAAACAUGGAUUUGAUAGAAAUUCUAAUUAACAAAUUUUCCAUCUUUACUUAUUUUUUCCUCUUUGCUAUGUUGUUUUAUUGGUUAUAAUGUUUGACGAAUAGCAUAGGUUGUGUGGCGAAGUAUGCAAUUUAUGUA